AUGGCCGUCUUCUCUCCGAUGACCCCCUUUGUUCUCUGGUCUUACCGUCUUGCCUCUUCACCCACAACACGCUUGGAUGACCCUCUGCUCCUCUUCGUCCGUGCUGGCCAAUCAAGAGCUACAGAUGCAUGGCCAACCCACGCGGCACACCAGCGUCCAGAAGCAAACGAGAGCAAGCCAAUCAUGUCCCAGAGAUGGCUAAAAAAAAACCAGGAAGAGCCCGGAAGCAACGAGCAUAUUGGAGAAAUGUCGACGGAUGGGAACGCUGUGCUGGUUGAAUAG